GGUGAAAACAUUGUCCGUGGAGUGAAAUCAGCUUCAAAUUCAUUUCAUCCCGGCGAACUUUCUCUCGGUCCAAUCUAACUUCGCACAAUGUCCCGAGGCUCGAGCGCCGGGUUCGACCGACACAUUACCAUCUUCUCCCCCGAGGGCCGGCUCUAUCAAGUCGAAUAUGCUUUUAAGGCUAUAAAUCAAGGUGGGCUCACAUCAGUAGCUGUUCGGGGGAAGGACUGUGCAGUUGUUGUAACACAAAAAAAAGUACCGGACAAGCUUCUGGAUGCUUCCACAGUAACCCACCUCUUCAGAAUAACAGACAAUAUUGGAUGCGUAAUGUCUGGGAUGACAGCUGACAGUCGGUCUCAAGUCCAGCGAGCUCGCUACGAGGCGGCCAACUGGCAGUACAAGUACGGUUAUGAGAUCCCGGUGGACAUGUUGUGCAAGAGAAUUGCUGACAUCUCACAAGUCUACACGCAGAACGCUGAGAUGCGACCACUGGGCUGCUGUAUGAUCGUGAUCGGCGUAGACGAGGAGUACGGCCCCCAGGUGUACAAAUGCGACCCGGCCGGCUACUACUGCGGCUUCAAGGCCACCGCCGCCGGCGUGAAGCAGACGGAAGCCACCAGCUUCCUGGAGAAGAAAGUGAAAAAGAAACUGGACUGGACCUUUGAACAAACUAUCGAGACGGCAAUCUCUUGUUUGUCAACUGUGCUCUCCAUUGACUUCAAGCCCUCUGAGCUGGAGGUGGGCGUUGUCACAACACAAGACCCCAAGUUCAGGAUCCUGACAGAGACCGACGUAGAUGUCCACCUCAUGGCUCUGGCAGAGCGGGACUGAGCAAGCAGACCCAUCACCCGCUGGAUGGACUUAGAGCAUGAUGGGAAAUGCAGUUCCCAGAUGGAGGCUGGUGUUAUCUUUGUUUGCUGUACAUUUAUCCCCCCUCCCCCACCACUGUUUAAUUCAACAAUUAAAAAAAUAAAAGUUUUUGGAGUAAAAA